AUGGUGGAGAAAAUCCUCCUGGCCACCCCGGUGGACCCAGUGGAGGCGCUUGUGGGCCGGGCCCUACUGGUGGUAUGCCAGGACGACCCGGUUGGGGUCCCCCCGGGGGAAUCGGUACUCCUGGCAGAGGAACAAUUGGCGGCAGUCCCGCUGGCAGUGGUACUGCAGAGCUACAAGUUGUGGCUCCGGCUCCUCGCCAAGAAGGACCUCGUGCUGACCACGGCCAUCGAGGAAGCCACCACGGCUGAGUCCUCCGCCCGGCCUGGCCGUCUGGGUGACCGGGCCGCACCGUCCCCCCGUGAUCCGGUUCCAGUCCACCACGAGAGUGCCGGCAAUGCGGCCUCCAGCGACGAGGACGAGGCUCACAAACUGAGCGACCGAGGGGCCUCUCGGGGGCACCGGGCACAGGGCACCACAGACCGCCCAUGCGCGAGCUGUGGCGAGCGACAUGACCGCCGCUCCUGCCGGUUCCCCAACGCCUCUUGCCGAGCUUGUGGUAGAAUCGGCCACAUUGCCAAAGUCUGUCGCUCAAUGCAAAAGGGUCGGUCUUCACGCCCAGCCAGGAAAGAUGGUGGCCCGCGCCCCAUCCACGACUUGGAUGACGAUGAGCCCGCCAGCGGCCGCCGAGGUCGCCACGACACCGAGCUGCACAGCGUCUCCCUCCACAAGGUGCACGGCGCUGACAAGGUCUCCAUCGUCGUUGAGAUCGGCGCCUCCCUCCCCGAGCUGCGACCGUCCCGCAUCACCAUUUGGGACUACCAGAUGCGCCAGGUGCCGGUCCAGGGGGAGGCCCGCGUGCCCGUCUGUUUCCAGGGCUGCUCCAGGCGCCUCCACCUCAUCGUGGUCAAAGGUCCUCGCGCAAGCCUCCUGGGGCUAGACUGGUUUCCGGCCCUCAGCCUCCACAUCGGUGGCAUCCACCGCAUCAGCCAGGCCGCCCUUGACGACGUUUGGGCGGAGUUUGAGGACAUGUGGAAGGGCCCACUGGGCUGCUACAAGGGGCCGCCGGGCCGCUUGCAUGUCGACCCCGCUGCUGCGCCCAUCCGCCUCAAGCCUCGCCGCGUCCCCUUCGCCCUCAAGCCCCGGAUCGACGCGGAGCUGGACUACCUCGUCGCUCAGAGCGUGCUGGUUCCAGUCCCCAACGCCCCCUGGGAGACCCUGAUCGUGACUCCGCUCAAGCCCAACGGGGACGUCCGCAUCUGUACGGACUACAAAUGUACUAUUAAUACGGCGCUGCGGCCGCAUGCCUACCCCGUGCCUGUUGUCAGCCACCUCCUGGCCUCCCUCGCUGGGGGUCAGACAAUUGUUACUCACCGGGGUGCCUUCCGGGUGACACGCCUGCAGUUCGGGGUCAGCACGGCCCCGGGCAUUUUCCAGAAUUUGAUGGAAGACCUCCUGAAGGGCUUGCCUAGUGUCGUCCCGUACUUCGAUGACGUCUUGAUCGCCACAAGCUCCGAUGACAAACUCCUGGAUCGCGUCCGCCACCACAAGCCACUUUUGCGGUUGUUCAUGCCGGAUCGACAGACGCCACAAAUCCUGUACCCCCGCAUGCUCCAGUGGUCAGUUUUUCUCAACGCCUACGACUUCCGGCUACUGCACCGCCCCGGGUCCAGCAUCGCAAAUGCCGACGCGCUCAACUGGUUGCUGCUCAAGGACUCCGACCCGGACCCGUCCCCGGCCUACAACGUCAUGCUGCUGGAGACCCUGCCUGAACCGCCCCUACAUGCCUCGGACAUUGCGGCUCACACAGCGAAAGACCGCACCCUCGCCCGCGUUUUGAACUGGGUGGGGAAGGGGUGGCCGGCUGCCAGACUGGAGGGCGAAUUCAAGCCCUUUUGCACGCAGCAGCACGAACUCUCGCUGAAUAAGGGGUGUCUACUCUGGGGGAACCGCGUCGUGGUUCCAGCCAAACUGCGCACCAAGGUCCUGGAGGCCCUGCAUGCCUGCCACCCGGGAAUAGUGCGCAUGAAGGCCCUGGCGAGGAGCUACGUUUGGUGGCCGGGCAUAGACGCUGCUGUGGAGGAGUGGGUGAGCCGCUGCCAGCCAUGCCAAGAGUCGUGGCCUGAGAUGCCACGAGCCCCGACCCACCAUUGGGAGUCCACCCACAAACCCUGGUCCCGCCUCCACAUAGACUUUGCGGGCCCGUUCCAGAGCAAAACUUUCCUGAUUGGGGUGGACUCCUACUCCAAGUGGCUGGAGGUCGCUGACGUAGGCUCUAUGACCUCGCGAGUGGUGGUUCAGGAACUGCGGAAGCUUUUUGCCACCCACGGCUUGCCAGACACGGUGGUCUCCGACAACAGGGCCCAAUUUACAUCCACAGAAUUCCAAGAGUUCAUGGCCAAAAACGGAAUCCACCACAAGACCUCAGCCCCGUUCCACCCUGCCACUAACGGACAGGCAGAGAGAAUGGUCCACACGACCAAGGAAGCGAUGUGGCGCAUUGAGUGCAACGACUGGGACAGGGGGCUGGCAGAAUUCCUCCUGUACCAGCACACUACGCCCAACUCCGCCACCGGAAAAAGCCCCGCAGAGCUCCUCAUGGGCCACCGUCCAAAAACGCCACUUGACCGGCUACACCCCGACCUUGCGCCGGAAUGCCCUCGCCACCGAGAAGAACCGGCAACCCCACGGGUCGUAGAGCAGGAUGCCCCCAUCUAUGCCCAUAACUAUGGAAUGGGCCCAGCCUGGAUUCCGGCUACCGUGCAAGACGCAACGGGCCCGGUAUCCUACCGGGUUGCCACCCCCGAGGGUCGAGUCCUCCAGCGACACAUCGAUUAG